AUGUUGAGACUUGGACAGAUCAGCCAGAACCCAUCAUGGAGAUCAACACAGCCGCGGCCAAGCCUCUGGCUUCACGCCGGUGGCGCUGUGCGCUGCACGAACGACAGGCUGUGGGCGCGGCAGCUGCAGCGGCACCCCAAUGUGGCGCUAUGCACUUCAGGCCGCGACUUGGAGCUCCAGAGCAGAGGUGGCGGCCCCUACUUUGGCCUCACCCCCAUGGUGUGUGUGGACCCAGAGUCUAGGAGGUGCUGCCAGGCCCCGGGCUGCACCACGCACCCCAACUUCAACUUUGAGGGGGAGGCCAAGGGCAUCUUCUGCAACGCCCAUGCAACGCCAGGCAUGGUGAACGUGGUCAGUCCCCGCUGCCAGGCCCCUGGCUGCACCACGCAGCCAAGAUUCAACAUCCAGGGUGAGGCCAGGGGCAUCUUCUGCAAGGCCCACGCUGCGCCAGGCAUGGUGGACGUGGUCAGUCCCCGCUGCCAGGCCCCCGGCUGCACCAAGCAUCCCAGCUUCAACUUCAAGGGGGAGGCCAAGCGCAUCUACUGCAAGGCCCACGCUCAGCCAGGCAUGGUGAACGUGGUCAAGCCCCGCUGCCAGACAGCCGGCUGCACCAAGCGCCCCAACUUCAACUUCAAGGGGGAGGCCAAGGGCAUCUACUGCAAGGCCCACGCUCCGCCCGGCAUGGUGAACGUGGUCAAGCCCCGCUGCCAGGCGCAAGGCUGCACCAAGCGCCCCAACUUCAACUUUGAGGGGGAGGCCAGGGGCAUCUUCUGCAACGCCCACGCUGCGCCAGGCAUGGUGAACGUGGUCAGUCCCCGCUGCCAGGCGCCCAGCUGCACCACGCUGCCAAGCUUCAACUUCGAGGGGGAGGCCAAGGGCAUCUACUGCAAGGCCCACGCUGCGUCAGGCAUGGUCAAUAUUCCAUACUUGCGGCGGCGGCAGCGGCCUACUACCGCAGGAGGCGGUGGUCCCUGA